AUGGCGGCGGAACAGCCGGACGGCCAGCCCCUGAUCAACGACAACCCGAAGCUCCAGACCUACUACUCCUCCCUAGAGUCGAGGAUCGGCUACCGCAUCUUCCUCGGCGGCACCCGGCACUUCGGCUACUACGAGCGCGACACCUACUGGCCCUUCCCCAUCGGCCGCGCCCUCCGCAGGAUGGAGGACAAGCUCGCCGAGCUGCUCGCCCUGCCCCGCGGCGCCGAGCUCCUCGACGCCGGCUGCGGCGUCGGCCACGUCGCCCUGCGCCUGGCCGGCAAGUUCGGCCACCGCGUGCGGGCCAUCGACGUCACGGACCACCACGUCGCCAAGGCGCAGCGCAACGUGUCGUCGCGCUGCUCCUCCAGCCCGGGCCAGGUCUCGGUCCGCAAGAUGGACUACCACCACCUCGAGACGCUGCCGGCGGGCUCCCUCGACGGGGCCUACACGAUGGAGACCCUCGUGCACGCCACGGACCCGCGGGCCGUCCUGGCGGGCUUCCACCGCGUCCUACGGCCCGGCGGGCGCCUCGCGCUCUUCGAGUACGACCACGACCUGGCCGCCGAGGGCUCCCCGGAGGAGGGAGAGGAGGAGGCCCUGGCCCGGUCGAUGCGCGCCAUCAACGACUACGCCGCCAUGCCGACCAACGAGCUGUCGCACCCGGGCGUCUUCGCGCAGAUGCUCGCCGAGGCCGGGUUCGAGGACGUCGUCGUGCGCGACUACUCGGAGCGCAUCAGGCCCAUGGCGAGGCUGUUCUGCGCCGUCGCCUACGUCCCCUGGCUGGUGGUCUCGCUGUUUGGCCUGGAGCGGUACUUCAUCAACACGGUGGCUGGCGUCGAGUCUUACCGUGGACGGGACCGGUGGAGAUAUGUGGCUAUCACGGCGACGAAACCUGGGGGACCGUUGGAGGUAGCGAAGACUCGUUGA